UAUUAAGAAACGUCUCCAAGCCAGAUAUUUGCAUUUAUCCAAAUUAUGAAGGCUUCACAGGCGAAGCCAUGUGAAGGGUAUGAAUAGAGGUGCGUGAGCUUGACCAUAAGCUACUGAAUGUCUAUACUUGGGGUUUUAAAUCUUCUUUCUUCCUUGAUAUAAUGAACAUGGUAUGAGUUCUGCUGGAAUAGGAAUCAAAAUUGAAGACCUGAGAAACCUGGCAGCACUCGGCUAAAAAUAUGAUGGAGACAGAGUAUUCCAAGAGAGUAUACCAAGGUGUCAGAGUCAAGCACACGGUCAAAGAUCUUCUUGCAGAGAAGCGAUUACGACAAACAAAUGUGCCCCGAUAUAGUACGAGCAGCAGUUCCUCUCAGCCAGCUUUUGUGCCAAUGCCCGGGUCACACGUGCUUCCUGGUUACUACAGUAUGCGAAGAUCCUUCCUCCCAGACUCAGACCUCUGCCAUCCCAUAAAGCAGUACUCAUCAUCAGACACUUACUCUUCAGCACUGGGAAGCAAGGCCUUUUCGUACGACCACCCCUCUACUUACCCUUCCUUCAUUGACAGCUACUACACUCCUGAUUCAUAUGGAGAUUACAGAGGGCCAGCGUCUUAUACCACCAGCGGAGGGUCACUUUUUCCACCAUCUACACUACCAACACUACUACCAACUCUGUCUGGUGGAGAGUCUUCGUCACACUUGCUCUUGAGAGACCCUUGGGAGCAGCCAUCAGAGGACCCAGUCACUCAGUCAGAAGUCAUAUGUCCUGAGGGUCCAGUCCCCGUGGCAGACUCACCAUCUCUCGGAGGGCCUGACUCUGGCGGUUCCUCUCCAUACCGUCUAUCCUCGGGGCGCAGUGGGAGCUCCGUCCCAUCCAGCUCUCAGCCUUAUACUCUACAACCCCUGGAAGAUGUCCCAUACCCAGCAGCAUCCUACACCUCUGCCUCCAGCUACUCCUGCCCACCGUACAUGGUGACACCUGGAGAUCUGGCAGUGGUGAAGAUGACAGCCGUAACCUCAGAGGAGACUAGUGGUGGAGCGGUGUCUCUCAGUGACACUACAUCAUGGGCUAAAGAUGAUGGAACUGGCUCCUGGUUGUCAUAUGAGACUAGGAGGGCUUUUUGAAAGGCUUAAAUGACAAUACAGAAACUGUGAAUGAAUCAUUUGCACUUAACACAGCCUCUCUAUUCUUAUACAGAAGGAGAUUAUAUACAUCCAUCAUAAAGAUGACCUCCUCAAGAAAUGAUGAUCACAAUUGUAAACUGUUCAUAUUGUGUAAACAUACAACAAAAACCUGGGCUGAUAGUUUAGUUAAUUCAGGAUUUAAUUAUGCAUUUUUACAUGUCCAAACGUUUUAGAAUGAAUUAGAAGCAAUGCUCGCCUUUUCCCCUCUUUCCUACAUUUAUAAUUCGCCAAUAAUACCAAUAAGCACUUAAAGACAACGAUGUUAGACUUUUGUCAGGAAUGCCAUUAUAUAAAAAUAAACAUGUUUUGGCUUAAA